UUUACCAGCGUAAGCAGUAGUUCCUCCAGCUUCAGGUCUGCAAGUGCCGCUUCCCACUAUGUAUGGUAGUCCUUUGCUUGGUCGCUUGACUCGGUCUUUUAGCUAGGAAUCCUUUCGUCUAGCCCCCUCGUCCCGAACAGCUGAGUGAAGGAUUUAUCCAUUAGGCCUGCCUGCCGAUCAUGCCUUUACCUUUGAAGCCCUUAGGUAUGCCUUUUCCCCCUUGUACCUUUCCCAACUCCUAUUAUAUAUAUAGAUGCUUCAAUCUUAAUGAUCUUGUUUCGCCUCCCUUUCGUCGUUAUGACUCCAAUCCGUGUCCGGUCGGUGUAGUGAAAGAGAACAAGGAGCUUCGUCUUUAGUCUAGGAGCAUACCUAGGAAAUCGAGAUUGGGUUGGUGUUCAGUGUACUGUACUGCCUCGUUCAUACGGGGUGUUCCAUGAUAUGAAAAUCGACCACCCGUGCGGAAUGAGGGUGAAUAUUCCAUUAUGAUCGACUUCCUGCCGUCCUUCGUGACGGCAGCAAAGGCUGGAACAGCAUCGUUCUGUCCUAUCAGAACUUCAGCAACGAGAAGGACGUAGCGAAAGCUACCAAAAAAUGUUGAGAGAUUGGUUUAUGGAUUCGCUUUCUUAGUCAAUUAGUAAAGCCCUUGAAAAUAUCCAAUUUGUGAAUUAUGGAAUAUUUAAUUCAUCUUAUAAAUGCGUUGUUUUUGUCUAUAAAGACCUCCAUCUCCCUGGAGGUGUUAUCUAUCUGUUUGCAAGAGGGGCUAACCCCAUUUCCUGACCUAAUUCAAUUCAUCACCAAUCAGGUGAUGGAGGAUAUCAUGGUAGCAAGCUACCCCGGGUCCUCCUAUUUCUAUAGAGGAACGUGUGAACGAUGCCGCCGAUAUCUUGGCGGAUCUUCGCACGAACUCCUCCCAUAGUUCCUUAUACAAGGAAGUACGUAGAAGAAUUCAGUAAUAUUACUGAAUGGGAGGCGGCUAAAGCCACUUCUCUUCUUUCUCCCAUGCUUUCCGUUGGUCAACAACCAACCACAGCUCUCUAUAGUUCUUCACUACUCGUACAGGAAGGAGUCUCUUUCUGUCUGGAGGGAAUCAUUUUUUCUCAAUCAAGAAUGCCUCAACUGGAUAAAUUCACUUAUUUCACACAAUUCUUCUGGUCAUGCCUUUUCCUUUUUACUUUCUAUAUUCCCAUAUGCAAUGAUGGAGAUGGAGUACUUGGGAUCAGCAGAAUUCUAAAACUACGGAACCAACUGGUUUCACACCGGGGGAACAACAUCCGGAGCAACGACCCCAACAGUUUGGAAGAUAUCUUGAGAAAAGGUUUUAGCACCGGUGUAUCCUAUAUGUACUCAAGUUUAUUCGAAGUAUCCCAAUGGUGUAACGCCGUCGACUUAUUGGAAAAAAGGAGUCAAAUCACUUUGAUCUCUUGUUUCGGAGAAAUAAGUGGCUCACGAGGAAUGGAAAGAAACAUAUUAUAUUUGAUCUCGAAGUCCUCAUAUAGCACUUCUUCCAAUCCUGGAUGGGGGAUCACUUGUAGGAAUGACAUAAUGCUAAUCCAUGUUCCACACGGCCAAGGAAGCAUCCCUCAACCAGAGAGAUCAACCUGCGCCUUUGAUUUUAGGCCGCCGGCGGCGCAGAACGAACUAAUCCGCGACCGGCAAAGGCAUUCUUAUCAUUUGGUAGAUCCAAGUCCAUGGCCUAUUUCGGGUUCACUCGGAGCUUUGGCAACCACCGUAGGAGGUGUGAUGUACAUGCACCCAUUUCAAGGGGGUGCAACACUUCUCAGUUUGGGCCUCAUAUUUAUCCUAUAUACCAUGUUCGUAUGGUGGCGCGAUGUUCUACGUGAAUCCACGUUGGAAGGACAUCAUACCAAAGUCGUACAAUUAGGACCUCGAUAUGGUUCUAUUCCGUUCAUCGUAUCGGAGGUUAUGUUCCUUUUUGCUCUUUUUCGGGCUUCUUCUCAUUCUUCUUUGGCACCUACGGUAGAGAUCGGAGGUAUUUGGCCCCCAAAAGGGAUUUGGGUUUUAGAUCCUCGGGAAAUCCCUUUUCUUAAUACCCCUAUUCCCCCUUCAUCCGGAGCUGCCGUAACUUGGGCUCAUCAUGCUAUACUCGCGGGGAAGGAAAAACGAGCAGUUUACGCUUUAGUAGCUACCGUUUCACUGGCUCUAGUAUCCACUGGCUUUCAAGGAAUGGAAUAUUACCAAGCACCCUCCACUAUUUCGGAUAGUAUUUAUGGUUCUACCUUUUUCUUAGCAACUGGCUUUCAUGGUUUUCAUGUGAUUAUAGGUACUCUUUUCUCGAUCAUAUGUGGUAUUCGCCAAUAUCUUGGUCAUCUGACCAAGGAGCAUCACGUUGGCUUUGAAGCAGCUGCAUGGUACUGGCAUUUUGUAGACGUGGUUCGGUUAUUCCCAUUUGUCUCUAUCUAUUGGUGGGGAGGUAUAUGAGAGAACGAAUCAG